CCUCCCUGCCACCUUUCAUGCUAAGUGUGGAGCAGGAACUUCCCAGACUGGGAAGCAGCCUGUUUUAUUCCAAGAAAACACUUUUCAGCAACAUUAAACAUAAUGGUGGGGAAAUAUCGGCAUUAAGAAGGAAGAUUUAUAAGGAAGAACAAUAAAUCAACUGAUGAUUCCACCCUCGAAGGAAGCUUCCGCCUCAGUACACCCUACAUGUGACACACACAAGUGUUGAUCAUCUUUUGAAGGAUAUACAAAACCAAAAGGUGUCAGGUUCUGUGUUUUCUUGUUAACUCUGAAGAAAAUCCAGGCUAGACUAGAGCAUUGGACAUUUCGACUGGGAAGGAUGCAGAUGAACAACUUUUGACUAUCAGGACGGUUACUUGGGAGUCCUGUUCAGCCGUGAACUUUAGGGACGGACCAAUGUUUCCAUCCAAGAAGGAGAACCUACCCUCUCCCAUCCUGGAGGAUUCUUUCUUCCCCUUUUCUUCAUCACACUCUUCCUCCGGUCACCGGAUCAUGGCUCCUACAAUGGGAGUAGAUGAUCUUCUCACCUCACCUCAGAAUGACAGCAGUCCUACACUGCUGGAAAAGGACCUGAUCUUGGCUGCUGAGGUGGGCCAAGCUUUGCUGGAGAAAAACGAGGAGCUGGCAGCUCAGAUAGAGCAGAUGGAAAGGGAGAUGGAGGCCAUGCAGCAGGAGAAACACGUGCUGCAGCGAUGUCUGGAGGUGCGGGACCUCGAGGCAAGUCAGCGGGAAGCAGAACUGCAGGCUGACAUCACAGCGUUGCGUGCGCAGUUGGAACAAAAACACAUUCAGAGUCGUGACCGGCGUCAUGAAGAAAGUGAGCAGCUGACUCAGCUAUCCAACCACAACCAAAAACUUGUGGAACAGCUGGCAGAGGCAGUGGCUUUAGAGCAUACUUUGCGUACUGAGCUUCGUUCUUUGAGAGAAGAAAUGGAGGAUACAAGUUUUAGAAAAUCCAUAAGCUCUGCUAGACUGGACAGUCUGCAAGCAGAGAACAGUGUUUUGAAAGAGCGCUGUACUCAUAUGGAUGAACGACUGAAGUCAACUCAAGAAGACAACCACCGGCUGAGAUCUGAGAGGGAUGGAUUGAGAGAGAGGGUGAUUGAGCUACAGACCGGUCUGAAAGAUAAAGAAACGGAGCUGGAACAGGAGCACAGCACAGUGUUUCAGCUGCGCACAGUCAACCGUACCCUACAGCAAAGGUUUGAAGCCUUGGGAGAAGAGGCCAAUCUGGGGGAGACUACCUGUUUCCCUUUGUCACUUCAGAGUGAGAUCCAACAGUCCCAGGCCAAAGAAACCAUUUUGGCCCAUUCAGCCAUUUUGCAAGAAAAAGAAGAAGAAAUUCAGAGGUUACAGAAAGAGCUACAGUCUAGAGAAACUGAAUUAGAAGAGCUGAGGGAGGAGGUGAAGCCAUUUCAUAACAGUCCUGGUAAACCUACUUACAGUGCCUUGGAAGAGGAGAUCAUUUUGGCCCGACAAGAACGUGAUGCACUCAACCAGCAGCUUCUGAACACUAUUAGACACAAAGUGGCACUGUCUCAGGAAGUUGAUUCUUGGCAGGAGGACAUGCGUCUGGUGAUCUGUCAUCAGGUUCAACUCCAACAACAAGAGAAGGAAAAGGAAAACAAAGAACAGACAGGCUUUCAAAGAGGCACUCGCACCACCAAAUCACUGCGUGUAAGUGGGGAAGAUGGAAGGAAAGGGUUUUUCUCUUCUCUGUUUGGGGGAGACUGACUAGACGACAAAUAAGAAGGGACAAGAAAGGAAGAGAAUACAAUAACGAGAGAUUUCUCACUUUUGUCUACAAAUGGCAAAUAAUCUUUAAAAUCAUCCAAAUGUGUGAAUAGAAAGAAAUUAUAUGUACUCCAUAGUGGCACUAUUGCAUAUUUAUGUUUUCCAAUAUUUAUUUGCAACUUCAAAAUCAUACAUAAAAAUAAAUGUAUAGCAUUUACUUUUUUCUCGACUCUUUUAUAGGAGGGGUUAAUCAUUCUUAAACCAUAAAAGAAACGACGUCUUUAGCACCAUUAAAGGCAGCGUUCAGUAAGGCAUUAUGCAGCAUUACAGUCAGUAACAUUUCAUGUAAACAAAACCUUCUCACUCUCAGGCUGUCAUAUUUUUAAAUGACAAGACAGACUUGUGCCCCAAUAUACAUAUAACCCAGGAUAAUAAAAAAAAAAAAAACUUUUACUAGAUAUUGUAGCACCAUUUUAAAAUAGAAAAUGUUUAGAAAGUGCUUUACAGAAAACAAGUGUUUGGACAUAAACACAUUCACAUACAUAUGGUAGGAUAUGACAUGAAAAUAAAACCGGCACAGUAAAACGGUUGUGUCAUGAAAGAUACAUGAAGAUUAUUUAUAUCUUUUGUGUGCCAGUAGUGAAUAUGAAUUAGAUUUCUAAACAUUCCUUUUACAAAUACUGUAAUAAUUCGGAACAAAAACUCUUAUAAACAGGAGACAAACAAACUAUCAACUAUCUUACAAACUGUCUUUGAAUCCGUUUAAAAAACAAAAACAAGAAUUCUAUGAAAACUGUGGGAACUGCACUACAUUACACUCUUUUUAAGAACUUGUGAAAAGAUGCUAUAAAGAGGAUGUUUAAAAAAAUAUUUCCAUUAAUCAGAUUUUUGGAGUGACCACCAUUUAGCAGUUGUUUCUAUUUAUUUUCAUCUUCCAUCAGAUUUUAUAUAUAGAGAUUUUCACUGUAGUUGUCUCAGAUCCCAGUUUGUGUAAAUUAUGGUAUGGUAAUUUUGGUAUGUAUUUUGCAUGACAUAGAAUACACUAGAAUACUCUUAGAAUUUCAAUUGUCCAAUAUUUCAGGUCAAUCAGGUAUUGCACUGCAUCUUAAUUUGCUUAAUGUAGCAUCUGGAGUCCGUCAUCAAAGUGUCUGAAUGGCCAUUUAUUGCCUAGAUGAUCAGUCAUUUGACGAGUUGCAUCACAGUGACAGAAUGUGCAGCUCAAACUUAUUCCUGAAGUAGGCGCACUUUCCAUAGUUCAAAAUGUGUUCAACAUGGCCCGCUUAUAGUACCUCAACUGGGCAAUCAGCAACAAGAUGGCCAUUAACCAGCAAUGUUUAGGUCCAACGUUCCUUCUAUUCUACCAUACAGAAUUCAGUUUUAGAGUCAAACAGAUUUUCGUGUAUAGAGCAUGAUAUCUGGAAGAUCCAAGAGUUCCUGAUGCAGGAGAAAACUGUAAGUGCUAUUAAGAUGAACGGAUAGUCCUCUCCAGGCAUAACAGACCCCCAGAUUAGGUUUCUAUACCAGCAUCUUCUCAAGUGUUAUUCCUUGAUGUUAUGGAUGUUCUAAUCAUCUGCAUCACCAAAUUUAACACAGAGUUUUGCAUGGCUCUGGUGAAAGGUGGAUACUUUUUUGCUUGAAUUUGGUUACAGACUCCACCUUUCGAAGUAGGUUCAGGAUAUGUAGAUCCUCUUUAAGGGCCUUCAUAGUUUAGAUCAGGGGUGGGGAACGU